GCAGAUGUGGUAAUCGAAUAAUUAAUUAAAAAAUCGAAAAUAAUCGGGACAAAUAGCAAAAAAUCCGGUCAAGAUUGGGAAGAAAUCUGGGAUGGUGAAGCUGGGUUAUUUCUUGCACUCUGAUGGCCCUUCUCGUUUACCUUGACGUGUGUGGUUCCAUCCGCAAAUGACGUAUGCAGGCAAAAGGCGCCACUCGAUGGGUAGCUUUGACGUUUCUCAACUCAAGGUAACCUGGAUCCCAAACGUCAGCGUCAACAGAAUACAUCUCUCGCAACAAUUGGGAAUUUGGUGCCCAGAUAUUGUCGAUUAUAGCCAGACGAAAAAGAAAAAGUAAAACUCAGGGACAUUAUUUCCGUCAUGGCUUGGCUUUCCGGUCUAGCUGGUAAGGCUGAAACUCUUCUGAACAAAAUUGAUCAAAAUACUGCAGCUGUGUUAAGCAAGGAAAAACAUGAUGUGCCUUCAGCUGCGUUAACAGAAGUGACAUGGGUUCCACCUUCUGCCACCACACCAACCAAACUGCUAUUAACCUCCUUAAGUUCACCUAAGAGAUCUAUUACACCAUUAGUUCGUCCUUUAUCAAACCCAGGAAAUUCAACACCUCAGAAGUCAAAGGCUCAUCAAGAAGAAGAGCUGAUUACCUUCUUGAAUACUCCUACGGAAACGCCAACAAAGACUCAAAGAGUUGAACCUAUCACAGCACCUGCAACACCUCUAUCUAUUUGCGUUGAACCACCAACAGACAACACAGAUUCUGUCUCUGAAAUAUCAAUACGUAGUGGACAGAUAAGUCCAGUAUUUUCGCACACUUCAUUGGAUGUACCUGAAAACGAUUUCCUCUUACCUGUAAAAAACAAAGACUGUAAUUUCGAUCUAGAAACACAGAACGUCAUCCUUAGAAACGAAAUUGACACACUGAACAAUGAGCUGAAUCUCAGUUUGCACAGGGCAAAAUCAUACAAGAGUGAGUGUAACGAGCUUCAACAUCGAUUAGCUGUGGUGGAAAAAGAUUAUGCACUGAAGUUUAACAGUCAUAAACUUGAUAUAGAGCGAUUAAUAAAACCAACCGAACAUGCAGAUCUACAGAGUCAUUUGCAAUCCGCACAGAAAGAUUUGGAGGAAAAGGACGAACUGCUUGAUAAGCAGCAAACGGAUCAUCAGAAGGAGAUAAACGUAUUAAAAGAAAAACUGAUCUGUUUAGAAACUGAGAAAGUAGAAGGUACAAAAAAAUUAUCUGACGCACAGUCUGCGUUGGAGAGAAAUAGAUCAGAACUAACUCUAACAAGAUCGGAAUUGGAACAGCAUCGAGCGAGGGCUCUAAAAACGCUUCAGGAUAAAGAAAGAUUAAUCGCCGAACUCAGAGGAAACGCUACCACGGGAUUGGACGAUGCAACCUUGAUGGAAUUGAAUCAACUAAGGCAAGAACGUGAAACUUUGAGGGAAGAGAAUCAGCAACUUUGCAAUCAAUUACGAAUAGCGAGAGAAGAAUUAAUUAAUGUCGAUGGAAAAUUGGAAGAAAGUAGGCGAGAGGCUGCGCUAGCUGGGUCUCAAGUUCAGGAGGCAGCUGCCGCUGAGAGAAGUCUACGUUUAGCUAUCGAAGAGGAUUCUCGUCAACAUUCCGAAGAAAUGAGAUCCCUGAAAGAAGAAGUAUCCAGGCAAAGGAACUCGUUCUCUUCCAAACUGCAGAAGCAAGAGACAGAGAUUGCAAGGCUAAGAUCAAAGCUCUCCGCAGCUUCCACGCCAAGCAGUGAAGUGGAGUCUAGAUUAGCAACUCUCACGCAAACUUUAGUGCUUAAACAACAAGCCCUGGAAAGUCUUACAACAGAAAGAAACGCGCUGAGAUUACAGUUAGAAAAAAUCGAGCACCAGCACAAAGAUGUUAUUGGAAAUCUGAGAAAAAACAUAAGCUAUGAGCACGUCAACGACACAGAUGACGCCAAAGCACAAGUACCAACUUUCUUGCUGGAAACCCCGUUUGACACUGGGGUUGCUCGACGAGUUAAAAGAGCUUAUUCCUCUCUCGACGCUGUCAGCGUACGCACUGGGGUAUUUCUUAGGCGUUACCCCCUGGCGAGAAUUCUCGUGCUCGUUUAUAUGGUCCUAUUACACUUCUGGGUCCUAGUAGUACUGUUUUCGCACUCUCCGGAGGUUCAUUAAUCUCAUCUCAAGUAAGCAUUUUUUCGAAGCUACCGCCGAAUCCAUGGAAAAAUUAAAUUCGGAACGGAGCAAAGCUCACAAUCAACUGAAAGUUAUGAAUGAUUGUACGUGUACAGGGGAAAAAGAAGACGUUAAUAUUCCUUGGUGAAAUAUUUUUUGUUAUUUGAUCUGUAUCAUAUCUUAAAAUCUAUGUAGACCUAGGUAAAUAUAAUCAAAUGAAUAUAUCCUCAAUUUUAAAAAUAUAAUUGUGUAAUACUUUUACAGUGAUGAAAAAUAGGAAAUGGUCGUAAUAUUGAAAGCUUUGUCGUUCUUCAUUGAGAAAACUAAAGAGUACAAUAAAUAGAUAAAUAAUUUAAAAAGAA